UAGCUCAACUGCUAUAAUUAUGUGAUCUGUACUUACAGGCACUCAUAUAAUAAAAUAAAACUUAUAUUAGCGUAUUCUAUAACAUGUUCUAUGUAUUUAUGAUCAUUAUUCUAAUGUAAUAAUAUUAUAUUCUAACAAUUUUGUUUUUUUACGAUUUUAAAUAAAUCUCUCAUUAUUUCAAACUUUCAACUAAAAUGCCAAUUUUGCAAAUUGAUACCAAUUUAUCAAUGACUGAUGUGCCAUUAGAUUUUUCAAUCAAGACUUGUGAACUAAUGGCAGAUGUUUUUAAAUCACCAUUAAACUUUUGUGUUGUGCACAUAAACCCUGAUCAAGAGAUAUAUUGGUAUGGGUUAGAUGGUCCAUGUGUCUUAGGAACAUUGAAAAUUGUAGGCGGCUCUGGAACAAUCAGUUCCAAACAAAAUAUUGGACACGCUGAAAAACUUGUAAAACACAUCAGUGAUAAUUUAAAAUUAUCCAAUAAGAAUAUAUCAAUAUCAUUUGUUGAACAAGAUGCAGGAAAUGUUACAAUAUUUAAUACUACUGUAUCAAACUUUUUACAAAAUAAAAAUUAAACAUUAAUGACAAAGUGCAA